AUGUUAUCAAGAAAAUUUUUCCUUUUGGCUAUUGCCUUGACUUGCGCAAUUUUUAUGGAAUCGGCUAUUGCUGCUACCUAUAGUGACUUUACGGGUAAUACCACUAAUGCUCUCUCAGGUCGAUUUUUCUGGACCCCUAUAUCUAACGCAACAUUUAAUGGAUUUGAAUUUUCCGGACAAAUGAAUUCUGGUCUUACUGACCCAGACGCCUCACAUUAUUCGUUCGCAUUAAAUAACACCGACACCAACACUACAGCUUUAGACAUGACACAACAAAUUGUUAGUGUACUUAAAAUUGUUGCACAAGGUUGUGCACCUCUUCAAAUUGAUUUCCCUAAUGUUAUGAAUUUUACCGGAAAAGCUUUUGUCGUUGGAUUGAAUGGUGUGCAAAUUGGCAUUGCCCCACUUAUUAGUCAAUAA